AUGCAAAAGUUCAACUCGACACACACCAGUACUCUUCCUCGGGACGCUGAGCUUCAGCAGCGGUUAGCCGACAACGGGGGAGCGGGGGAGGCGAUGAAGGAAAACGGCGCUGGGAAGAAUCACAUCCUCGCAGAACCUGCAGACAGUUCUCUCUGUACCAAGAGAAAGAUGCUGGUCGGCUUGGAUGUUUUCUGUCUGUGUGUAGGUAAGAAUGAUGUUGAACCCUCUCUUUGCAUGUUAUUUCACCCUUUCACCCGUUUUAUUUGACUGAAUCUGCAAAGUAGCAGCAUGACAUGAUUGUCUGCAUUACAUUAAUUUAAUUAAUAGCCUGUCUCAGUAUUUCCAUCUUAUUUUCGAGGAAAAAUGCAGAGGUCAAUGUCAUUCACAUGAAUAUCACUAAUAGUAUGCAUGCCACAGGAUUGGCAAUUAUUGCACAUAAAUCAAUGACCGCUCACUCUCACUUGUCACGUUGUCCAAGAGAUGAUAUACGACCAUUUAAUUAAACAUUGUAUUACAUUUAUUAGCACCAGUAGUUAAGAAGAACCAACGGCAAAGUGCAACAGGUCUAGCUGUUCAACAGGUCACAAUACAAUAAUAAGUUAUUUCAAAAGCCAAUUAAGCACUUUACAAAAAUGGCAAAAAGUAGUCUGUCUGUAUUCUAAGAUAAGCACUGAAGAAAAGCUGUCAGGAGAGUUAUCCCGGGAAUUCUUGAGUUCCCAUGACAACCAUCCAUGGAGUUCUCAAGAAAAGAACAUGGGAAUAAAACAUGUUGCUACCCCCUUCCCUGCUUGUGUUCUAAUGCCAAAAUUACAUUUGUUCAUUGUUUGCCUUGCUUCACUACAGCAUUAUCCCUUGCCAAGUACCUCAACUCCUGAGUUGUUCACAGACUAGAGCUUUUGAAAUGAACCUCUGACUCCUUCUGGUCGCUAUGCCUCGAUACUUAAAACAUAAUAAUCUUAAACCCUUACCUUGUAGGCCUACCUAUGUUUGUUUUUGUUUAUGUUUGUCCUUUGUUGUGUGCAUUUCAUUUCUGAAAUCCAUGAAUUUGAAUAAAACGUUAAUCAAAUACAACCACCGACUGUUUCCUUGUUGAGAUUCAAUUGGCAUUCGCGCUGAGUUGCCAUCUUAGAGCACCAGCAAUGAGGAAACAGUCAGUGGUUGUAUUUGAUUAACAUUUUAUUAAAAAGUAUGGAUUUCAGCAAACGAAGAAAGGCAUGCAACAACAGAGGACAAACAUAGGUACAUGGUAAGGGUUUAAGAAUUUAAAAUUUUAAAGUAUCGUCAUAUAGCGAGUCUUGGAGGUUAAUUUAAGAAACUCUAGUCGAGUUGGACGAGUUGAGGUACUUGGCAACAAUAUACCUAAUGUGUGCAACAAAGUUACUCUGCCAAAUUAGGAGGCUAUUAUAUAAUUCAGUAAAGCAUUGGAGAAUGGCCCUACAUUUUGAAUGCUGAUAGGGUUAGCAGUGUUAAGCCAUAAUGUGGAACAUGAGGCAAUCUGACAAUCACGCACAAACACAGAGGGACUAUUGGGUUGCUACUUUGUGGUAGUUAUCGUUGGUUACUCAACUAACAUGAGUGAAACACAAUUGUGUGCCUAACUACACCCCUGAAAUGAAAUGGGGGAUGUCGAUCAGCCUCUCUGAUGCUGCCUAGCUGGCACCAUGUGAGGGCAGGGAAAAGUGGUUUGUUUGGGAGUCGUUAUCUUGACACAAACAGGAGUAUAAGGCGGAACCCGUCCAGGCAGACAGACAGGUCUGCCAGCGCACCGUUGGCGGUUACAAGCUGCCUGCUGCUGCCCUGACAGACACACUGACAGACAGAUUCACUCUCACCACACAGCCUGUUAUUCCUCCUUGCCUGCAGGUACGCUAUUGUCACCUCCUCUGCUAGCUAGCAUGCUUGACACUCACCUAAAUGUUUUAGAAGUGGCUGGCCCAGAGUCAGAAGAUGGGAAGGAAAUAUACUUUCUCAGUUCUUCUUAGCUCAGCCUAAUUAGAACACGUGGGCUGGUGUUGACUUUCCUUAUCCCUGACUGUUUGUUGCAUUGCAACACUGGGAUUGACUCGAUCACCGGGUUGCAUGCUUGAAAGAACAUGAGUGAGAGGGAGUGAGAGAUUUAGCAAGUGACUUUUUAAAGUCUCUCAAGACAAAGGGCAAAGGGACAUUGCCAGCGUGGUAUGCUUACCAUCAUCUGGCAUCAACAUCUUCCCCCAUUCACCUCUGGCAUCAUCAUCUUCCCCCAUUCACCACCAUCACAUAUUACAUCAGCCUUGUUCAUUUACUGGUGGUUCUUUCUUGAUGGAUGUGAUUGGUGUCACUAUCAUCAGCUGUAUUGUGAAUUAACAGUAUGCCUUGUCUCAGGGAGUUCAAACCUAAUUUUCCCUAAAUGUCAGCAGCAGAUUCCUCAGGCUGUUGACCCCUCGUUAUCUGCCCCGUCAAGGGACUCAUUCAUUACUGUCGUUCUGGAAUUCCCCCAAGGCAUCGCAUUCUAAUGGCCUUAAGUUAAGAGUGAAUCCACUUCUUUGCUCAGUGUGGUCCCCUCUGUCUCAGACAGUACUUUCCUUCUAAGUGUUUACUGCUGUAAAUUGAAGUAAACACUUUAACACGGUGGUAUGGCAUUAUGAAUGACUGUUAAUCAGAGCCUAAAGCCAGGAUCACGUCAUAACGAAGGCUUUCACUGGGGCUUUGACUUAAAUACGUUUCCCACUUAAAAAGAUGAGAGAGGCCUGUAAUUUUCAUCAUAGGUACCGUCAACUAUGACAGACAAAUUGAGAUUCUUUUUCCAGAAAAUCACAUUGUAGGAUUUUUAAUGAAUUUAUUUGCAAAAUUUUGGUGGAAAAUAAGUAUUUGGUCACCUACAAACAAACAAGAUAUCUGGCUCUCACAGACCUGUAACUUCUUCUUUAAGAGGCUCCUCUGUCCUCCACUCGUUACCUGUAUUAAUGGCACCUGUUUGAACUUGUUAUCAGUAUAAAAGACACCUGUCCACAACCUCAAACAGUCACACUCCAAACUCCACUAUGGCCAAGACCAAAGAGCUGUCAAAGGACACCAAACAAAAUUGUAGACCUGCACCAGCUGGGAAGACUGAAUCUGCAAUAGGUAAGCAGCUUGUUUUGAAGAAAUCAACUGUGGGAGCAAUUAUUAGGAAAUGGAAGACAUACAGACCACUGAUAAUCUCCCUCGAUCUGGGGCUCCACGCAAGAUCUCACCCCGUGGGGUCAAAAUGAUCACAAGAACGGUGAGCAAAAUCCCAGAACCACACGGGGGGACCUAGUGAAUGACCUGCAGAGAGCUGGGACCAAAGUAACAAGCCUACCAUCACUAACACACUACGCCGCCAGGGACUCAAAUCCUGCAGUGCCAGACGUGUCCCCCUGCUUAAGCCAGUACAUGUCCAGGCCCGUCUGAAGUUUGCUAGAGUGCAUUUGGAUGAUCCAGAAGAGGAUUGGGAGAAUGUCAUAUGGUCAGAUGAAACCAAAAUAGAACUUUUUGGUAAAAACUCAACUCGUCGUGUUUGGAGGACAAAGAAUGCUGAGUUGCAUCCAAAGAACACCAUACCUACUGUGAACAUGGGGGUGUUUUUCUGCAAAGGGACCAGGACGACUGAUCGUGUAAAGGAAAGAAUGAAUGGGGCCCCUAUAUCGUGAGAUUUUGAGUGAAAACCUCCUUCCAUCAGCAAGGACAUUGAAGAUGAAACGUGGCUGGUCUUUCAGCAUGACAAUGAUCCCAAACACACCGCCCGGGCAACGAAGGAGUGGCUUCGUAAGAAGCAUUUCAAGGUCCUGGAGUGGCCUAGCCAGUCUCCAGAUCUCAACCCCAUAGAAAAUCUUUGGAGGGAGUUGGAAGUCCGUGUUGCCCAGCGACAGCCCCAAAACAUCACUGCUCUAGAGGAGAUCUGCAUGGAGGAAUGGGCCAAAAUACCAGCAACAGUGUGUGAAAACCUUGUGAAGACUUACAGAAAACGUUUGACCUGUGUCAUUGCCAACAAAGGGUAUAUAACAAAGUAUUGAGAAACUUUUGUUAUUGACCAAAUACUUAUUUUCCACCAUAAUUUGCAAAUAAAUUCAUUAAAAAUCCUACAAUGUGAUUUUCUGGAUUUUUUUUUCUCAUUUUGUCUGUCAUAGUUGACGUGUACCUAUGAUGAAAAGUAUAGGCCUCUCUCAUCUUUUUAAGUGGGAGAACUUGCACAAUUGGUGAUUAAUACUAUAUGUGUGUCACCGUGUGUGUGUGACCAGGUAAUUCUCUCUCCCAGAUCAAAAACAAGUCAAAGUUGUUUAUGGGGGCACUCUGACACACUGGGAUGGUUGAUGUUUCACAGAGAGAGCAUUUUUGUACUGUGUCUGUAUGCCUCUCAAGCAUACAGAUGUCUCAAUCUGUGUGUGUGUGUGCAUUCCUCCGGUCCACAUUAUUGAGCUAUCUAAAGAUGAGCUCAGGUCUGAACAGAAUCCAUGCCCUGUGGCCAUGCUAUGCUAGAGACAUAGCGUCCAGCAGCAUAGGCAGGGUCAGAGGUGAGAGGUCAGUCUUUGACAUACCUGUGGGCAGGCUGAGACAAGUCUGCUUGACUGCCUCCUGCAUGGCUGCCUGUCUCUCUCUCCAGCACAGGUGGUCCUCACUCUGUCAUCACCCUUAUAAAGGACAGUUAUUUUGGCCCUUAAAGGUAAUUGGAAGGUGAUCUGAAGUCUUGAGUGGUUUGUGAAAACCAUCAAUUACAGUGACCACACAGUCCAUUCAUAUUUGCUCAGGAUAACAUUUCCUAGAUGAAAAUCAGACCCAAAUCAAUAGCAAAAUUAGAGCAUGGAUUUGAACUUCAUUGCCUCGUCUAGGCUAGGUCAAACGUUUUUGAAUAGCGCUUAAGCUUUCCCUGAGAGACAGCUUAAUUCAAGGCUUUAUUGUGAAGUAAAAGUGCCUGGACUCUGGAGUAGACAGCUCCAAAACACCGCAUGAGUGACCAGUAGACACCACAGAGACGAUUACUAGUUGUGUGUGUGGGACUGAGUGUGUGUGUGUGUGUGUGUGUAGGGGGGUAAGAAGACGUGAGGUAGCUUGCCAGAGAGGAGGGCCUGUAUCUCCCAGAGUGAUCAGAGAAAGGGUCCUUGCUAUCUGGGAUCCAUGGGACAUCCCUACCCCAUUGAAGUUUACAUUUAAAAGGGUUAGGGUUAGAUUAAGGAUGGGGGUUAAGGUUAGGGUUUAGGGUAGGGAUAGCACUAACCUCAGAGAGAGCUCAAAGGGCCACCUCUUUCCUGCUUAUCUCCGCUCUCUUUCCCGUCUCUUUCUUCUCCUUACCAUUUUGGGAUGGAAGGUGUCCCAGAAGAGGGGUGGGACACAUGUUGAGGCGCGUGCGUUUGCAGUGUGUGUUUUCUUGGGCAUACAGUAUGUUUGUGUAAGUGGGUUUGUGUUUCUGUUCAGCUGGCAGGGAAAGCUGUCGAGUGAGACGGUGAGAGGGCCAGCAUGCUGUAGCAUGCCACUGGGUCAGGAAUAUUUUAAGCAGUCCUCUCGCUCUGGGCCUGUGUGUGUAACUGUGUGUGUGAGUGAGUUUGUCUCUGUGUUUUUUGUGCAUGUUGAACAGUAUGUGCUUGUGUGCAUGUGCCUCUGUUCACAAAUUCACUGGUGCAUUUUCAUUCAGUGUUUUUAGCCCUAAUCAAAUACAUGAUGAAGUCAUUACAUGGAAACAUGGCAGUAUUCUGACGUUGACAGAUGCAGCUCCCAAUAAAAGAAACGCAAUCAAACGAUUAGCUAAAGGAAAAAGUGAUGCUGCUCUUAACCCAGUUACUGAAGGGCAUUUCCAUCUAAAAUGACUCAUGAGCACCAACAUGUGAAGCUCAUAGGAGCAUGUCAAAUUGGGUGUCAAAUCAAAACUAAGAGUCUAUAUUUUUUUUCAAAAACAUUUUCCAACUAUUUUCCAUUCCAAAAAUUUAGGAAUAAGCAAAGGCUUUGAUUUCUGGUCAAACAGAUGGAAAAGGGGUCAUAGACAACAUCUACCAGAAAGUCUUAAAAGGUAUUAUAAAUGCAUCAAAACAAAAUAUUGAAGUAAAGACCCCUGCCAACUAAUAUCAACACUUAUAUUUAGUUUUGUAGAAAUUAUUUGCCUCCUGUAAGUUUAAGAAACAUUGUCUUGUGCCUUGUAAUUCCGUUACCAAAAACCCACAUUAUCUUUAAGAUAUUUUCUAAUUUCUCUCCCUCGUGAGGAGGGAGGAUAAUGAAAGUUCACAGAAGUAAUAAGUAAAGGUAGACCUGCCAGUUAGUUAUAGUGUUUUUACUGAUAUCAAGUUUAUGAAUUAUUAAGUGAUUAAAACUCAUAAUUCUCAUAAUUCUGUUAUUGAGUUGGCUACAAUGGGAAAUCAUAGUAGUCACAAACCACAGUUGGGUCACCUGCUACUGUCCUCCCUUCCACUGGCGUACUGUAAUGUUCAGCUCAUAACUGUUUUUUUACUCUUUCUGUCUGGUGGUCAAAGCAAGACUGUGAAAACAGUCAGGACAACCCCUCCCUCUCACUGUCCCUCUCUCUCUGCCACACUCUCUUCUCUCUCUUCUCUCUCUCUCCAGUUAAUGUCACCUCUCCCGGCUGUUACUGACACCUACCCUCUUUCCAUUUACUGUAACGGGCAUCCUCACCCACUGAACACCGACCGACACCGGAUGUCCAUGGAUGUUGAAAAAUAGUAGACAUUUGGUCAGUCCGCCCUAGUCGGACCACAUCUGAACAAUUCAUAGGUCUAAAUCUAUGCUUCACAAGUUUGGACAGCACAGUAAAGCGUAGAGUACAGUAGUUACUGUACAGUAGAGUAGAGCACACUAGAGUAGAGUACAAUAUAAUGUAUUGCCGCAUUGACGUCUAUGAUUGUUUCUGAUUUGGUUUGGUCCAGAUCAACCAAAUGUGGUCUUGUUUGGGGGCGGAGCUCAUUGCAAUAAUAGCCAGUGUGUAGAAUAAUACCCAAAUAUGCAAAAUAAGGAUAUUGCAUAUUUCUACCUUAGUGUACCUAUUCAGGAUACAUCACCAUGAAGAUAAUUAUCUUUGUGUCCAUAAAUAUGCAUUUCUGUAUAGUACAGAUCAGACCCCCAUGAUGUAAUUCCGUUACUGUAAUAUCCAAAAUAUAUUUUUUCAAACUCAAGGUGGCAUGUCAUAGCUGACACCCCAUUCUUUCUGCAGACAGCUUUGAAUCUUAAUUUGGAGUAGAUAUUAGAUUUUUUUGAAAACGUGGUUGCAUAAAAACUUCUGUUACCAAACUUUGCAUCUGCACAGUUCUUCCAGUAAAUGUGUUUUUGAAAUUGUCUGUGUAAAUUGUUCAGAGCAUUCCUUGUUCGUGGAGUUGUAUGGUCUGUUAAACUUUGAAAUCAAUGGUUUUUGUUUGACAUACAUUUUAAAGUGAAACUGUAAUUACAUUACCGUGGAAUUCGGGAAUUUUUCUACCAUUGAAAUUAUUGGGCGGGCCACAAGUUUUUUUUCGGUAAGAAAAAUAUAUUUUCAGGAUGGAGAAACGCUUUCAGUGUAAACUUAAAUGACUAAAGCUGUAUGUAGAAAAGACAAUGGAGCUAUAUAUUUUUAAAUACCGUAAAACUUCAAUGAAUAGCUUAAAUCACUGAACACAACAGGUGCUUAUUAGAGAUAGGCAUCUAUUUGAGUCAGGUGUCAGCUUUUGCUAAUUUACAUUUACGUCAUUUAGCAGACGCUCUUAUCCAGAGUGACUUACAGUUAGUGAAUAUAUUUUCUUUAAUUUUAUACUGGCCCCCCAUGGGAAUCGAACCCACAACCCUGGCGUUGCAAACGCCAUGCUCUACCAACUGAGCUACAUCCCUGCCGGCCAUUCCCUCCCCUACCCUGGACGACGCUGGGCCAAUUGUGCACCGCCCAUGAGUCUCCCGGUCGCGGCCGGCUGCGACAGAGCCUGGAUUCGAACCAGGAUCUCUAGUGGCACAGUUAGCACUGCGAUGCAGUGCCUUAGACCACUGCGCCACUCAGGAGCAAUUUACAUAGUUAAUUGUUUAAUUCCAGCAUUCACUUCCAGAAUUGUAAUCAAUUUCUUCAUUUCCUGCACAAAUGUGUUAUCAUUUACACACUGUCACGUUUAUUUUGUCUUAGUAUGCCUCUCUCUCUCCCCCAAAAAUAUUUUCCUUGACAAUAAUUAUUCUCCUUUGACUGUGCAUUUUAGGCAGUUCUUACUUUUGCCACUAGAGGCAGUUUGUCUGAUUUUUCUAGGGUUCUGUAUUCUCAAAGUUGUUGACUGUUUUUGUGCUUGCCAGUUAGCUAGCAGUUCUCAGCUGUUAGCAGCCAAUGGCUAUAUACAUUUCUUAAUGGUGAUUAAAAAAAGAUGAUUGCCAUAAUUUUUCGAGUCAUUACCGAAUUAUUUAAUGUAACAAAUCAAACAUUAAACAGCUUAAACAUUCAUGGUAACCUCGUAAACAAUUCAUUUAGACUCGCAGUGUCUUGAAAUGGGCGUUCAUUUGCUGAAAUGUGUGCCGUUGCCCGGCUAUUAAAAGGGACAGGUGGCUAUUUGAGACUCAACGUUUAAUUGAAGUUUUACGGUACUAUAAUCUUUGAGAACUAACAAUCACCAAAAGAAAAGCUAGACAAUCAUGGAGAAUUGAAAAUUCCAAAAACAAUGAAUUUAUCAGUAUUCAUUUUGUUAUUAUGUUUAAGCAAAAGAACACAGCAUUAGUUAUGACAAUGCAUAGAAUUAGAUUUAAAACGGCAAACAAUUCUCUACACCGCCAAGAUGGGGGCCUCUAAAAUUGUAUCUGAAAUUCAGCCGUGGGCCGGUCGCGGUCAUUGCCACGCCCCCCUGCCACGCCCAGGAAUUGCCCUGUAUCAACCAUUUAUUUUAUGUCAGUAAGUGAUAUUUCAGUGCUCCAUUAGUACAACCCCCUCCUGGGUCGCAUUAGCCCAGAUACUGUACCCUGCAGUCGGUCCCACUCACCCCUCUCACUCUUUCUCACUCCCUCUCACACCAAGUCCAUUAGUGUUAUCUAGAGCCAGCCCUGACCUGAGAGGGGCUGGGCAGGGGGGUGGGGCAGGGUGGGGAGUGGGAGCAGUGGCUGAGGGCUAUCUCCUCUAGAGGUAAGGAUCCACAGUAGGGGUCAGAGGUCAGCCUGGGGUAUCUCCCACACCCAAAUUGCUAUAAAUUCUCCCUUUGGUGAAGGUCCUGUAAGUACUUGAUUGAGUCUUUCCAUACAAUCGGUGUUAACAGGGAAGUGUAAAGCCUAGGCCCAUUGUGUGUCGGUUUUGCGGUCUCUGGCUCUUUUUGCAAUGAUAAAUGUGUCAGUAGACAGUCCAACGUACCGGUCGGAUCGCCCCCUCCUGCCCUCACCCCCCAAUUCCCUGUCUGUCAAAACUAAUGAGUCCUCCUUCUGCCCCCUGCUCCUCCAUGUUAGCUUUCAGACAGCCCCCCUCCUGGUGCCCUCCCAGCAUGGCCCCCUAUCUACCCCAUCAUCCUAUCCUCCUGACACAUCUCACCUGCCGGAUCCCCCUUUAUCCACCUCAGCCCCUGCCCUCUUCUGUCUGUCUGGCUGUCUGAAGCUCUUCCAACCACAGACAAAACCACUAAACCAAACAGUCUGACAGCCCAGUCCUCACUGUACAUAUCUUACAUUCAUUAAACCCUCCCCAUACUAUUGCACUGCAGACAGACAGCCGCCUCUGCAGCCACCCAGCCUGAACCACACACACCCUUACCUUCACGCUACGCCACAGACCACCAAACCCCUUUACAUACAUACCACAGAGACCGCCAGGCAGGCAGGCCCCUUUAUGUUCCCCUACUCUCCCAGUCAGCCAUCCCUCACCACACAUGCCCUUAACUCCAGAGCACGGCUGCAGUGCUGCAGGAAGAAGUCAGUGGAGAGAACAGAGAGGCUAGGGGAAGCGUGUCUGGACCUGGCGACAGCUACAGUAACAGUUACACAGCCUGGAGACUGGAGACAGCACUACCAAUGGUGGGUGGGUGGGAGGGGGAUUGAGGGGGAGGGGGGUUCAGAGGGGAACAAGCACCUAUGGCUUGGAAAUUGGAAGUAGGCUAUAGCUACAGUCUCAUCUCUUCCUCCUGACUUGUUUUUCGAGUUAGCUCUGUUGUUUCGUAGGAACUAUGGACAGAUAGUGUUGCUGCCUAUGGAAAGAUAGACUGUGUAUCGAGUGAUUAUGUUAGUGAUUAUGUGUACAGUAAAUAACAUUCUGGUUGUGUGUGUAUGUGAGUCCAGCUGCAGCAGAUGCUGCUGAUAUCAGAUAGUCAGUGAGAUGCCGCAGGGCUGUUUUGGUUUCCCAGGCUUUGUCCCUCGAUGAUCAGUCUUUUUGUGUAGCCAUCAGGGCAGACAAAACAGUGAACAGUGCACCCAGUUAGAACAAUCCAGACAAUUUAGGAGAGGGGGCAGCAACGUUUCCCACCACCGUUCCCCCCUAUCCUGUACCACCUGGAUUGGCCACCAAGUAAAAGCUGGGAGAAAGGACACUGUAGUGCUCAUCCACACACACAUUCGCACAGGGCAGACACACACACACACACACACACACACACACACACACACACACACCAUACCUAUAAUUAGGAGGAUGGUGGUUUACUAAUCAUAAUCACAGCCCUGGUGCCAAUGACUUCAUUUCCUCCUGUCUGAGGUGUACCUGGCUCACCCCUGUAUAGUGUCCGUGUGUCCGUGUGUGUGUGUGUGUGUGUGUGUGUGUGUGGGUUGCACACCCAGCUACUAUUUUAAACAAAGACUCUUUGUCUUUAAAUGUUAGGUGAAACACAAAAGACGUCUGGGUCUACUCUGUGACUCUCACUGACUCAACCCAGAUAGAUAUCACACACACUAUGUUGUGGCCAGGACACAUUGUCUAAGAACAGGGAAUAAAAGUCCAGCUCUGUAUAGUAGACACAACUACCAGUUACAAUAUAGUAAGACAAACUCUCCUACGGUGCUAUUAUUAGGGAUUACAGCAGGGCUUACUAACAUUAGAAUAACAGCACCUCUCCAUGUAAUGAUUCACUACACCAGUAGCAUAUUCGUUUCUCUGCAAGAUUGACUGCUGGAUAAACAAGCAGCUUAGACCUGAGGUUGAGAACCAGAGUCCCUGGCACUGGUCCUAGAGGCCUGCCUGGCUGAAGAGAGACGGACCACCCCUGGAGGGUAGUAGGGUAGCGUUCUCCUCUCUGCCCCAGUGACUGUCCCCUCCCCUGCCCCAGCCCAUGACUGUCACCUAAAACGUUGGUUGAUGCAUUGUUGAGUAGUAGGCUAUGUUACAGUCUAGUAUUGAUAUUCAUGUGUUAAUAAUAUACUAGUACUGUUUAGUGAAGCUAUUAGUUUGGGUCUAUCUGUGUGUUGGUUCAGUGCCUGUCUAUAGGUUGUUUGGUUUGCUGUGGUUUCUCUGGCUCCAGGGUGCUUUAUUUGGUUAGCUAUGGUUGAUUGAGGUUUUUGUGGAUUGUUUGGGUUUUUGUGUGGCUUGUUUGGUUGCGUGUUAGUCGGUGUGGUGUUUUGUGGGUUGUUUGUGUGUGUGUAAGUGUGGUUUGUGUGUGUAUUCUGCUGGACGAGGCGAGGUCUUGUUUACAGAGCAGGUCCCAACAGAGCCCAGUUCUCUGACCCUCACAUUCCAGAACCACCGCUAAUCGUCUCCGUCUGUGAAACACUUCACCACAUCUCUCAAUUCUCAAUCUCUCUCUCCCUCUCUAGAGCACCCCAACCCCUUAUCCACCCCCCUCUCUCUCUCUUUCUCUGUUUGUCCAUUUUCCGUACCCCCUCUAACCAUGUUUUCUACUCUUUUGAGUUUGAUGCUGUUUUAUUGACUGGUACACAUUAUGAGCAAUAUGCCCUCAAAGCAUCCGCAUAAGUAACUGACAUAAUAACUAACAUGUAACAUCUGCCCCCCUCCUCCUCCCUCCUGCUCUCUGCUCUCUCUCUUUCUGUCUUUAUUCAUGUUCUCCAUGGCUGUUCUGUUUUUUCUCUCGGUUGUUGUUCUCUUCUCACAGUGAGCUCAUUCUGGGCUGUGGUCAUAGAAGUGUAAAUUACAACCAGAAGAGUUUCUUAAGAGUGAGGCACAUUUCCCCUCUCCUCUCAUUCCCUCUCCCUCUCUCUUCCUGUUUCUCCUCCCUCUCUCGGUCUCUCCCUUUGACUAUUUGAAAGCAUUCCCACUUUGAGAACUCCGUCCAACAGCACAUUUGGCCCGUGUGUGUGUGUUUCUCUCUCCUCUCUGGUUCUCUCUCUCCCUCCCCCUCUCUCUGCUCCGCUCUGCUCUGCUGCUGUGUCCUCUGAGGCUGCUCUUGGCCAGGUGCAGUGGUUUGCUCACAGCUGCCUGACAGGUGAAGUGAGGGGCUCUGGAGUGUCUUUUGUGUCUUGUUGUGAAACCAUUUAGAGCCCGUGUAAACCCCAGUGUAAAGACUGGACCUCUACUGGGACUGGCUGAUACCUCUCAGACCUCUGAGGUUGUAUAGGCUAGGUGCAGGCUCGGUUGACGGUGUGUGUUCUGCUGCAAAACAUAUCACAUACGUGUUCUGUGUGUUCUCCCUGGUUUCACAGUGGUGUGCAUUUGGGAAGUUUGUAUAAGAUGUGUUUUGUGGAUUGAGGUCGGUAUGUGGCAAACUGGCGGCCUCUUUUUUGUGGAAUGUGUUGUUUGAGAGUAGCAUUUUGAGGAGCUCUGUAAGCAAGGAGUGUUGUUGGGUCCCGGCCAUGUGAGCCGAGCCUGUUUAUGGACUUUAACACACAUGUGGAAAUGACAACACACACAUAUUUACAGAGCAGUCAAUACAUCAUUGACAGGGUCGCGGUCAUAAACCAUUAAGUUUGCCUACUGAGUGGUUGAUGGCUCCCAUUACUGUGAGAAAGUAUUGAAAAUGGCCAUCUAAAGGAUCCGGCGCUAACGGCUCAACCAGCCAGCCCCACACUUUUAUUAUGGCAGUAAUGGAGACACUGUCCAUUAGCAGACUGACAACCCAGAAUAACAUUGAUUAUUCUCAGAAGACCCAUUAUAACCAUAACUCUGCCCCAGAUACAGAGAGAGAGAGGGAGAGCGAUAAUUGUGGUAAAAAAGUAGCCUAUUGUGGUAGAUGGACAGAGCGUAGACACCACCAUGACAUGUGUUUUCAGAGUAAAGCUAUAAACCCUAUAAAGGGUUUCAGCCCCCUGACCUUGUCAGUGUGUGGUUGAGUCAAGAGAACCACAUCUCUCUUCUGGGUCGUUCCAUAUGAUUUCAAUCACUUUCUGACUGCAUCCCUUUUUGAUUUGAACGAAACCUUCCAUACUUGUUUGCCCAUGUUGGAAGUGGUCAGAAAGUGACUUUUUGGACCUGAAUGCCAAAACAUUCAGGAGAUAGAGGUGCUCAAAGUUGACCCAUUUUGCCUACCCCACCAUACCAUGAGACAUCCAUGUCUUCAUCACUGGAAAAGAUAAACGGUUGAGUUUGAUAUCAUUUAAAAGCUUACAAAUAGGGUUGUCAAACUGUUUUAUGAUUUAUAGAUUUGUUUUUUGUCAUCAAUUAUCUAAAAACGCGUGAACUCCAAUUUUUUUUGGGUAGCUUACACCCUAUUUUCCAUAAUCUUGUACCUGCCAUUGGUUGACACACAGCACAGUCUUAUGUUUUGGCUGAUACAUAUACUAAAAUGUGAGUAAAGUUGAGUUUUCAACUUUCAAAUGGUACCACAAAGAUUGUGGGAGGUCCACACGUUAGAGAAUGUUGACUUAUCCGUUGUUAUAAAUUAAACUGUCAAUCUUCCAUAGGAAAUCUAUUGAAAUCAUAGAACUAUAGGAUAAUAGAAUAUACAUUCCCAUUCAAGUUGACAUUCAAUGGUGGGUGGACUGGCGGCCAUCUUUCUGGUAGUAAUUGGAAGUUAAAGUUUCAAUGUCAAUGGUGUACCAGCUAAAUUGCAGGGGUCUGAAGGGAUAGGUCCAUUCUAUUAAUUAUAUUUCUAUGAUUUGAAAUGACACCCAGCCUGUAUUCAAGAGUAGGCUGUCUCAACCGAUGACGGGCACAACACAAAAUCCACAGAUGUAAAAUAGGUCUAAGCUACAACAUUUGUGGAAAGAAAGAAAAGUCUGAGUUUACCAAUUACCAAGUCAUUGGUUCAUUCUGGACCUUAACAGGUGUGAUUGGUUCAUUCUACAGGUGUGUGACAGCUAGGGUUAAGAUGAGUUUAGGCAGAGAGGAAGAGGUGAAGCGAGAGGCAUAACUGGUCCCAAAAUCUGUCUUCUCCAGCAGGUGGCGUUUUGAAAUGUCCCUUUAAAUUAAAACCCAAAAUCUAAUUUUUGUUUCAUGAAUUUUUCGAUAUAGCGAAUUAUGACUUUGUGGCUGUGGUAACUAGUGGAAACCGUUGUGCCUGUUGUUCACAUGCGUAUCUGCCCUCUCAUUGGCUAGAAUGGUCCCACCUGAUCUUGCCCCCAUCCCAACUCAUUUUUAAAGAAAUGUAUUUUCAUUGUUAGAGCGGCCACUAGAGUAUCUGGUCAAUAUAAUAGAUAAUCUGUGGUUUAGGGCAUAUCUCGCUCUUGAGUCUCUUCACUCUAUUUCCCAGCUCAGGCGUAAAUACAUACCUAGAUCGAUAAGAGGAUUAAGGUUAGAGAGAGAUUCUGUUUGAAACAGGUUUGGGACCAGCAACCCGUCAUCAUGCUGUACAGGGUGUUCACCAGGGGACAUCUCUGGGGAACUGAAUGCCAUAGUGAUGCACCGUGCUGAUUUCUACAGGGCUAACCCAAAGCAGGUGGUUCAUAUUCCAAAUGUUUUUGUGUUGUGAAUAAUCUAGGCUACCUCACGCUUUUGGAGUUUUCUCAUGACCCAGAACCACCAAGUAAACAAAAUCAGGGUUUCUAGCCAGGCCAACCCAUAUCAUCUGUGACCCACAAGGUCUAUUCAGUAAACACAUUUCUUAGACGAAUCUCCUCCUCCAGAGUAUUUAACCUGAUUAGACCACAGUAAUCAUGCCUCUAUUAGAUUCACCUGACUGACUGGAACUCUCUCUGUUGGGGGGGGGGGGUUCAGUUCAUCAAAGGAAGCUGGAAGGCCUUCAAAGACACUUAAAGGGAUAGUUAUGGAUUUUGCCAUUGAGGCCAUUUAUCUACUUCCCCAGAUUGGAAUGAACUCGUGGAUACCAUUUUUAUGUAUUUGCAUCCAGUAUUAAUGAAGUUAGAGGUAGUUUUGCAAGUUGCUAACGCUAGUUAACAACUUCCUUCAAACUGCAUGCAGAUACAUAUAAAAAUUGUAUCCACAAGUUUAUCUAUUUUCCCAGAGACAGAUGAAGGGCCACAUUGCCAAAAUCCUGGGCUACCCAUUUAAGAACCAAAGUAAGGCCUCCUGAUGCAUAUAAAACGUAUUUACCUUAAUCUCUGUCUUUGUACUGAGUCAUGGUAUUGGGUCCAACUCCAGCCAGCCACUAUCUCUCUCUUUGGGAGAGAUCUGACCUUUCUACAGUGGUCUGGAGUUAGGCCCUUGCGUGAUGUUAGAGGCUCUGUAGAGGGCUGCAGCUUGGAGUCGCACACCACGGUGUGUUUAUGUGCGUGCCGAGUGUGCAUGUCAUGCACGUGUUUGUACAAUGUGUGUGUGUGUGUGUAGCCUAAACGCGUCUGAAAUGAGGAGCAUGUGAUUCUGGCAGGAGAAGUAGAUCAGGUAGAGAUCAGGGUCAGGUGAGAUGUUUUCUCUGUCUCUCUCUCUGCUCUCUCUCUUCUUUCUCUCCCCUCUGUCUAUCUUCUCUCUCUCUGCUGUCGUCAGAGCCUCUGCUAUCUGCCUGCAACGUGUUUCCCUCUCCUCUCCCUCCCUCCCUCCCUCUGUCUUUCUGGCCCUCCCGUGCCUUCUCUUAACCAGAGGAUAUGGUGUUAUCUGUGUUUGGUCUUUCUCUCUGACAAACACAUACUUCCAGUAAUAGCAAAAGUCACAAGCAGACAUUGGCUGUAUACUACAGUAACUUUACCCUGUUUAUAAGCCAAUGACGCUACACUACUUCCUCGUUUUCAUUCAUAAAUUGUAUUGGUGCUUAUGUACAUUGAUAUGUGUGUAGGUUCUUAACUGUAUGUCUUGGGGUGAAAGGGUGGGUGGAUGGAUGGAUCGGUUUUGGUAGUAUUUAUGAUUGACUGACUGGGACUGUGAGUGAGAUAUCUGCAGAGUAUUCAUGGUUAUAUAGUUCAGGUAGACUGAAACCUUUUGAACUCUGGUAGGGUCACUGAAGGUCACACUGAAGGUCAGUGAGCCAUGUCCUACUCACCAUCUGCUACUAUUGAUAUACUGUCUCUAAUGGUGUGUGUGUGUUGUCCUCUCCUCCUGUCACGUAGUCUCUGAGAUUUCCUGGCAGCAGCAGUGUUUGCCUGGGCCCAUUCCAGUUCCAGGCUCUAUGAUGAGGGAGAGGUUAAUCAUUAGUCCCAUGCUCUCCCUGUUCUAUGGGGGAGAGGGCCAUGGUGGGACUCAUCUCUGACAACUACUUCCAGUAAGACACAAGUAGAGGAUACAUGAUGUAGGACUACAUGAUUAGCCUGUUUAUACAUGACGGGUAGAGGACUACUGUCGGUCAUAACUAAAUGUUUGGUGCUAGGUACAUUGAUGGGUAGAGGUCUUACAUGUAUGGGGUAUGGGUGACAAGGGGGGUGGAUGGAGGACUCAUGUUGGUAGGUAUCUUAUGAUUGGUGAGGGAACUGAUGGUGAGGACUAAUAUGGAGUAUUAUGGAUAUGUGGGGUAGACUGAACCUGAUUGUAAACUCUGGUAGGGUCACUGAGGUAGGACACAUGGAAGGUCAUGUGAGAGGUCCUACAAUGCGUGCUACUAUGUGAAUACUGAUCGGUAAUGGUACUGAUGGGUGUGCCAUUCUCUUUUCAAUUUUUAGUCUUGAGACCUCUAUCCAUGGCCUGCCGUUAGUUGCAUCUUAUAAUGAUGGGAGUUGAAUCAUACCCACACCCUGUCAUAUGGGUAGGGGCUACGACAGAGUGGGAGCUAGGGCAUAGGACUACAUGAUGGGGUAGAGGACUACAUGAUGGUAGAGGGGCUGUGGGGAGCAGAGAGAGGAACUAGAAGGAUCGUUUGGAAGUUCAGAAUGAGUAUAGUGGGGUAGAUUUAAUUUCAGAUCUAGCUUUGUAUUUGAUUUCAUCCGCCUGUGCUGUGUGACUGUUGCCAGUAUCAUAACGAGGUUGCACAAUCUUUACCCAGUGAACUUUCACCAGCAGCAGGGCAGGCUGCAGCGAGGUUUGUUUGCUUAAGAAAGCCAGACCUUGACCACCCUCCUUUACGCCUUCCUUGCACACUAACUUUUAAUUGGUUAGCCAACCAGGAAAUGAACUUGAUACAGUAUUAACAAACCUUCAAAUAGGAAAGUAAUGUGUUACUACAUUGAUUUAAUAAAUAUUCUGCCAAUACAGUGGUAGUUAAUGGUUAAUGUUGUACGCUCCUUGUGCGUCUCUGUGCCACACUACACUAUUUCUAUUCCCUUAUUAUUGGACACAAUAGACUACUCUGUUCCCUUUCUAUUGGAAGUAUCUGCAGUCACGGUGUAGCCUAUACUGUAGCCUGGCUAUUAGUUUACUGUAAAACCCUUUGGCUUUCACCACAUUGUCAUUUUCUGUGUAAUAAACUCUCUCGGUCUCCUCUGUUCUCCUCUCCUCCUGAAAAAUCCUUCAUUCUGCACGGUUCUCUCUCUCUGUUUCUGUCUCUCUCAUCUCCCCUUCCUCCAGCCUCUCUGGUGGAACUCCAGUAUGUAAGGAAUGCCUGAUCCUUUGGGAGAUCUUGAAUCCAGUCAGUGGAUGACUGACAACCAGGCCUAUAUCCUGUCUCCUAAACCCUUCUCAUAUAGAACAGGAUCAGGGACCAAGGAUCAAUGACACCUCUUUGUCUUGGCUCACUGUGUGAUGCGUUAUGAACUUACUAUUUUCUCAUACACACGUGUGCUUGCCCCACCCACCCACAUACACCUUAACCUUCUCUCCAUAUCUUUACCUCUUUCUAUUGUCUAUCUCUUCAUCUCCCUCUUAACUGUGUCUAAACCCUCCUCUCUCCCUGUCUCUCCAGCCUCCAUCCCGUUCUUUGCAUGUGAGCUGAAGGCUGUGACUCCAUACCGGAGGGGUUUCUUCUGUGGGGACCAGAGCAUCACCUACCCCUACCUGGAGAGAGAGGCCAUCCCUGACACGCUGCUCAUCGCUGGGGGCAUCAUCAUCACUGGCCUCACGGUGAGAUUCACACACAACACAACACAGCACAACACACACUGUAGGAUCUUACUGAGUAUAUACACAUUACAUACUAUCACCACUUACACACUCACUGGAAGUACAGUGAGGGGAAAAAAGUAUUUGAUCCCCAGCUGAUUUUGUACGUUUGCCCACUGACAAAGAAAUGCUCAGUCUAUAAUUUUAAUGGUAGGUUUAUUUGAACAGUGAGAGAUAGAAUAACAACAAAAAAAUCCAGAAAAACGCAUGUCAAAAAUUUUCGCAAAUGGAAGAAACACAAAAGACCUGUCAAUCUCCCUCGGCCUGGGGCUCCAUGCAAGAUCUCACCUUGUGGAGUUGCAAUGAUCAUGAGAACGGUGAGGAAUCAGCCCAGAACUACAUGGGAGGAUCAUGUCAAUGAUCUCAAGGCAGCUAGGACCAUAGUCACCAAGAAAACAAUUGGUAACAUACCAAGCCGUGAAGGACUGAAAUCCUGCAGUGCCUGCAAGGUCCCCCUGCUCAAGAAAGCGCAUAUACAUGCCCGUCUGAAGUUUGCCAAUGAACAUCUGAAUGAUUCAGAGGAGAACUGGGUGAAAGUGUUGUGGUCAUAUGAGACCAAAAUGGAGCUCUUCGGCAUCAACUCAACUCGCCGUGUUUGGAGGAGGAGGAAUGCUGCCUAUGACCCCAAGAACACCAUCCCCACCGUCAAACAUGGAGGUGGAAACAUUAUGCUUUGGAGGUGUUUUUCUGCUAAGGGGACAGGACAACUUCACCGCAUCAAAGGGACGAUGGACGGGGCCAUGUACCGUGAAAUCUUGGGUGAGAACCUCCUUCACUCAGCCAGGGCAUUGAAAAUGGGUCGUGGAUGGGUAUUCCAGCAUGACAAUGACCCAAAACACAUGGCCAAGGCAACAAAGGAGUGGCUCAAGAAGAAGCACAUUAAGGUCCUGGAGUGGCCUAGCCAGUCUCCAGACCUUAAUCCCAUAGAAAAUCUGUGGAGGGAGCUGAAGGUUCGAGUUGCCAAACGUCAGCCUCGAAACCUUAAUGACUUGGAGAAGAUCUGCAAAGAGGAGUGGGACAAAAUCCCUCCUGAGAUGUGUGCAAACCUGGUGGCCAACUACAAGAAACGUCUGACCUCUGUGAUUGCCAACAAGGGUUUUGCCACCAAGUACUAAGUCAUGUUUUGCAGAGGGGUCAAAUACUUAUUUCCCUCAUUAAAAUGCAAAUCAAUUUAUAAAAUUUUUGAAAUGCGUUUUUCUGGAUUUUGUUGUUCGUUAUUAUGUCUCUCAUUGUUCAAAUAAACCUACCAUUAAAAUUAUAGACUGAUCAUGUCUUUGUCAGUGGGCAAACGUACAAAAUCAGCAGGGGAUCAAAUACUUUUUUUCCCUCACUGUAGAUGUAUUUAUAAGCCAUUCAAUAUUUAGCCUUUAUUUAGUCAGGUCAUUGAGAACACAUUCUCUUUUACAAUAUGCUGAGAAAGUGUGGCGUCAUUUCUCUAGCGGUGUCUACCUCAGCAUAUUGACUAAGAGGACUGCUUCUAACUCUUGCACCUCCUUUUCUUCCCUGGCCAGAUUGCGCUGGGCGAGUGUCACCGGGUUCGAUUCCGUGAGGUGCACUCGCGGGCGUUCGUGCGCAACCUCUACGUGUCCUGCCUCUACAAGGAGCUGGGCAGCUUCCUGUUCGGCUGCUGUGUGGGCCAAUCACUGACCAACAUGGCCAAGCUGAGCGUGGGGCGCCUGCGACCUAACUUCCUGUCGGUGUGCAACGUGACAUACGCCUCGCUCAACUGCGUCCCCGGCUCCUACAUGGCCCAGGUCACCUGCAGGCAGCCCAAAGACAAGAUGGUGGAGGAGGCCAGGUCAGUCCCGAGAGAGACGCCUUCCCUAUUCACACUAUAGGGCCAAGCCGAGCCAAACCUGGCCAAACUGCUCUGGCCUGGUUAUGUAUCCACCAUAGUUGCUGGAACCGUGGAGUAAAGGACAAUGGGAAAAUAAAAUAUCAGAACUAGCACUGUACAGUUGUGGUUGGUCCUGUAAUGUGAAUCAAGCUUCAGUGCAUCAGAGUUGGGCUCAAUGUUGGGCUGAAUUUUUCCAUUGUUAUGCAAUCCUGAAAAGUCAUGAACUGACUGGAAUUUAGAAUGGAAUAGACCCAAACGCCGAAAGCCUAGUCAAAGUGAAAGUUUGUCUUUGUUAGAAACUGUUGGAAUGAUUUAUUGCCAUAGAUUGAGAUGGAGCAAUAUUGACACUAGAUCACUGGGUUAAUGAUUAACAUCCCUGUUAUCCCUUUAUGUUUCAGGAAGUCCUUUUUCUCUGGCCAUUCCUCUUUUGCCAUGUACACCAUGCUCUACCUGGCGGUAAGUGUCACUGGCGAUUGGAGAGACACACGUGCCUGUGGCGACAUAGAACAGCACACCUGCCAAGUAACAUUUAUACACCUGAAGUCACCUGCUUUAGCUGGGAUUACUGCAUAUUUGUUGAAGGAAUGAAAUAAUGAUUUAUGACAGUUUUUCACUUUCACUGCAGUUAUGAAAGAAAAUAUUGGACACUUUGUCCCUGUAGAGACAGAGUGCACACUCACUCACACACGCACGCACAAAAACCUCAGACAUUCAAGCACACUCACAUACACACAUUGUACAUGCAAACUCUGAAAGAAGAGGCCUCUGAGAAAAGCAACUUUUCAAAAGGCAUCCUGCCUCAAAUGAAAAGAGAGGGAGAAAGAGUGAGGAAAGGUUUUCCACAGGGAACAUGAAUAGAUGGAGAGCAGACAGAGCACUCCUUGUUUUGGGUCGGGGGAGGGGGGGGGGGGGGGGGGGGCUGCUGAGAGAUCGACAGGCUUCUUUCAACAAGAGAACCCCACUUCUCUCUCUCUCCUCUCUCUACUGGACCAUUGGUGAGGAACACAUUGUGGGGGGAGAAAUGACAGAGGAAGACAAAAGCCCAUCAUGGCUCAAGCAUUUGUUCCCGUAAUGUAUUCAUUCACAUUCUAAAUGGUAUUCCUCCUCUUCAUUAAGUCUCCAAUGGUCCGGAAUAUGACUGGAAUAAUCGCAAAACUAUUUACGGGAAAUAUAUAUGAACAUUUCAAUCUGAGAAAAGGAGAGAAAUCACCAUUCAAAAACAUUGUUAAUAGAUUUAUUGGGUCCUCCACUCACCUCCUAAUCACCCACUUAUCAGAAAGGGACAGAGAGAAAGAGAGAGUGAGGCAUUGAGAGCAGUUGAGUGGCCUGAGAAAAACGGGGGGCCUCGUUCUUCGUUCUCUCCUCCCUCCCUCCAUCCUCCCGCCAUCCCAUCUGUGGCGUAUAGCUAGUGUUACUACUGCAGACUGACUGUAUCCUUUAGAGUGCAUGGGACCUGCAGUGACAUGCAGCCAGGGCCCUGGCUUCCAGUCAGUGAGCCAACCCCCCCUAACCAGCUCCCCUCCCCCUCCAGAGGAAUGUGUUCCACAUGUUCCAGUGACAGGCCCAGGCAGCAGUCACCUCAUAAACAGCACCAUGCAUCUCCGCAGUUAACCCCUGACCCCCCCAGUCAGUCUCUGUCUGGUCCCUGACUGACACUCCUCCUCUACUGUAGUAAUGAUGGGGCCUGGAGGGCGAGAUGAGAUGGAAGAGAGGUUUAUUAGGGUGCUGAGCCCAGUGUGGAUGGAGUAAUGCCAGGUCCUCUUCCUUACCCUCUGGACGUCUGUGUGUGAACUGUGUUUAAUGUACCAUGUGACCAGAUCACUGUCUAAAGAACGAACUACAUUGCAGUUCAUACACACACCACAGACGCAUGCAAACAUGUAUGAAAGUGCCUACGCACACACACACACACACACACACACACACACACACACACACACACACACACUCUUCUCAUAUUUGAAGGCUCUGAACAUGUGACCCUGCUCUCCUUCUCCAGUUCUACCUGCAGGCGAGGUUGUCAUGGCGAGGGGCUCGUCUGCUGCGCCCGCUGCUGCAGUUCCUGCUGGUGAUGAUAGCCGUGUACACCGGGCUGAGCCGCAUCUCCGACUACCGCCACCAUCCCACCGACGUGAUCACCGGCUUCAUCCAGGGAGGCCUCACCGCCUACUGGGUGGUAAGUGUCUGUCUCUCCCCUCCCUCUGGCUGUAUGGAGCUGUGGGACUGCGAACAAAUGUGUCCAUGUAUGAUCUCCUAUGUAAGUCAGGCUUACAGGAUGAAAUAAUGUCAACAAUGCCUGCCUAAACAAUGACAGGGGCAUCACAUGUCCUAUCUAUCUGCCUAUACAAUCUGUAUUUGGUGGGACCUUAUCUGGCUCAGGCUGAGCAGUAUAACCAGUCUCUCUGGUGGUUGGGAUAUCUGUCUUGUGUUUGACGGAUUCUCUUGGUUGUCUUUGUGUGUUUGACGGACGGUGUUCAAUCUCUAUGUAUCUGUUUGACGGACAGUGUUCCAUCUCUAUGUAUCUGUGUUUGACGGACAGUGUUCCAUCUCUAUGUAUCUGUGUUUGACGGAAAGUAUUUUAUCUGUGUCUCUCUCCAGGCCUUCUAUAUUUCCUCCAUGUUUAAGAACAACCGUCCAGACCUGUCUCCCACCAGCAUGUCCCUGGAGAGUCCCCUGUCCAGCCAACAGACCGUCUGCUAG